CGGCAUUGACGUUAACGUAUGGAAAACUAGGACGUUAUGAUCAUACGACGAGUCCGUGUGUAUUGUACGUACGUACGUGUAGGCUUGCGUAUAAAGCCGUUGAACACGAUAGGGUAAACAAUUUGAACGCGGGGAGUACAAAUUGGAGUUGUUCCACCGUUCCCCACCGAAAGUGUAGUCCAAAGUCUCUCGAUUUUUUGAAUGUACUAAUGUUGUUUCUCAUUUUAAACUACUUACGUAACGAACAACCAAGAAAAUGCCACUGUAUGGAAAGAUCGUGGUAAUCAAACGGAAUGAGUCGGAUGGGGCCAACUUUCCCCUCACACUCAAACAGUGCUUGUUCGGAAGGACCAACGAAUGUGACAUCCGGAUUCAACUUCCAAAUGUCUCCAAAGAACACUGCCGUAUUGAGGUUGUGGAUGAUGACAAUAUCACUCUGACUAAUUUGAGCACAGUGAACCCAACCAGGAUAAAUGGCAAGACCCUGACGAGCUCUGUGACUCUGAAACACAAGGACAUCUUCACAAUAAUUGACCGGUCAUUCAGGUUUGAGUUUCCACCAGGACAUGCAAAUCGUCUGUCCACUGGCAAACUAGACACACCAUCAGUGCAGAGUCCUGUGGUCUCAUCUACCAGCGGUAACAAAGCAAAGACACCUAAGAAAACACCAUCUAAGAGUCCUGGGAAGACACCAUCCAAGGCAAAGAGUCCAGCAGUCAAGACACAUGUCAAGAGAGAAGCAUCACCAUCUUCCUCUGUCCCAGCAAAGAAGGCCACACCCAAGGCAACUACAUCGUCACCUGACUCGGGAAAAACUCGACCCACUGCCAAGAAGGCAGCUACUCCCAAGACAUCGCCUACUGCCAAGAAGUCUCCAAAAGUGUCACCCAAAGCCUCACCUAAGGCAUCCCAGGAAGUUCCUGUCACCAGUACCACUCCGGUUGAGAAAGAGGGGAAAACUGAAACACCAAAGAAAGGAACAUCAGCAUCAGCCAAGAAGGUUCAGAAGAGAUUGAGCGGAUCUGCGAAAGCUGUUGUAGACAGCCCCAGGAUGCCUGGGAGUUCCUCCAAGUCACUGAAGAGAAGCAUUGGGCAACUACGACGUGUCUCUGCUCCACUGAAGGAAGAGGAUGAAGCAGCCUCACCCAAGGCUGCUUCCAAAAUCACGCCCAAAGCAAAGACCACUCCUAAGUCUGUGGCCAAGACCCCACCCAAAGCAUCACCAAAAGCAAAGACACCUCCUAGUAAGAAGAAAACCCCUGCAUCAAACAAGAAGCGGAAAUCUACUGAUGGCGUUGCUCCAAGUGCAAAACGCAAGCGUGUAUCGUUUGGUCCUCAGCUCAGCCCUGAGCAGUUUGAUAGGCGCCUGCCACCUCUUACUCCCCUCCGUCGCGGUGCCACGCCCAAAAGUAGGCGUUCAUUUAGUGGAGUGGCAUCAAGUCCUAAGGUUGCCAGUCUCAUCAAGCAUCGCAAUUCUUUGGCAGUCACUGCAAUCCAAGAGUCUGUGGAAGACAUUGAGAAGUCACCAAUAGUUGCUAAGUCGCCUAAGGCAAAAGCAUCUCCUGCCAAGUCUCCAGCUAAGACACCAGAGAAAGUAGCAGCCAAAUCACCAGCGAAGUCACCAGCCAAAUCACCAUCUAAGUCCCCAGCUAAGUCACCAGCCAAAUCGCCAGCCAAACCACCAGCUAAAUCUCCAGCUAAAUCUCCAGCCAAAAAGUCUCCUACAGCAACCCCCAAAUCUUCCAAGAAAUCACCAGCUAAAUCUCCUAAGUCGGCAAAGAAACCCCUUAUGAAGAUUAAACUACCAGUGAAGCCACCCUCUCCAUCCAAGGCAGAUGCUAAAGUGGCCACUCCAAAAGCAGUUACACCAAAAGAAAAACCACCUGUAAAUGCUACUGUAUCUACACUACUUACCCCACUAUCAGGGAAGAAGACCCAAAGAGUAGUUAAGCCCUCAUCAAAAUUGAUGGAUGAGAGUUUCACUGGCCUUCCAGAAAUGUUUAACACACCUUCACCUGUCAAAAAAGCUGCUGUCAUUCAGGGCAGAGUGUCCAAGCCUACACCUAAGUUGGCACUGAAAAAGAAGUUGUCGACCCCCUUGAAGAAAGCUAUCAUUGAGGCUGCACAAGAAAGAGCCAAGCCCAGCCCAAAGAAGAUGUCAACACCUCUGAAAGAAGACAUCAAGAAUGCUGCAAAGGCCCUGUCCAAGAAGGCGACACCCAAGAAAAUGGCCACACCCUUGAAGAAGGCGAUAGCCAAAGCUGCUGCUGAAAGACCCAAGCAGGCCACCCCGAAGAAAAUGUCCACACCUUUACAGAUGAGCAUCAAGGCAGCAGCUGCAGCAAGGCCAAAGGUUCUUAGUCCUAAGAAGAUGGCAUCUCCAUUGCAGAAAGAUAUCAAGGCUGCCGCUGAGGAGAGAAAGAUAAGCACUGAGACCAAGAAGAUGCCCCCAGCCCUCAAGUCAGAGAUUGAAAAGGGUGUUGCUCUCAAAAAGACUAAGCCAAAAACACCCGAGGCGAAAACACCAACUCCCAAGAAGGCCAAGACACCAACCGCUGAGAAAUCCCCAGCCGUCAAGCCAGCCAGCCCUAAAGUCAACACCCCAAAAGCCAAGAACCAGGCUCUAAAAACACCUGCGAAGAAAGCCGUAACAAUUGCAGUCAAGUCUCCAGUGCAGACACCAGCCAAGGCCGCACCCAAACCUAAGACGCCAAAGGCCAAGACUCCCAGGGCUAAAACACCAAAGGCUAAGACUCCAGCCCGAAUGAAAACUCCGCGUCCGAUGCGAUGGGCAGACAUUGUCAAAAAAGGAGCUUCUAAGCCCUCAGCUGCUUCUAAAGUCCUCGUUGGACGUGCCCUCAAGACGUCUAAAACCACGAAAGCCAGAGUGCUUUCUUCCAAAGCCAAGACACCAAAGAGGGCAUAUGGUGUUGGCAGCACAGGGCAUGCUGGCUCUCCAGCAACCAUCCUGAUCGGACGUUCUCAGCAAACUGCCAAGACACCAGUCCGCCCCAAGAAGGGCAGGAAGACUCCCUUCAAGAUGGCACCACCCAAGACCAAGUCUGCUGCUGACACCAGCUUCACAGGAUUAGCAGACAUGAUGCAGACACCAUCACCCCAGAAGAAAGCUAAACAGUCUCUGCUGGAUACCACCCUGGAUCUAUCCACUCCUGAAGGGCCUGGUGUGAUGGCUGUAUCACCCCUGACGCCAAGGAUGCCCAGUCCCAGGAAGAGCACCUCACCGUAUAAGAUGGUAUCCCCACUCAUAGCUGAGCAAACACCCAUGAAGUCCUUAGUCACUGUGACUGCACUGGCUGCUGUCAAAUUAUCUGGUAAGAGAAUGUCGGAAAAGUUUGUGUCGCCGCUUAAAGAGAGUAAGACUCCCAUGAAGACAGGCAAGGUGGUGAAAGCAAAGGUAAAGACACCAGCAAAGACUAACACACCUUCAAAGGUCAAGACGCCCGGUAAGAGAAUGUCAGAGAAGUUUGUGUCACCAUUGAAGGAAGGUAAGACUCCCAUGAAGACAGGCAAGGUGGUGAAUGCAAAAAGUGAGACACCUGCAAAGGCUAAGACACCUGCAAAAGCUAAGACACCUGGUAAGAGAAUGUCAGAGAAGUUUGUGUCACCAUUGAAGGAAGGUAAGACUCCCAUGAAGACAGGCAAGGUGGUGAGUGCAACGGUCAAGACACCUGCAAAGGCUAAGACACCUGCAAAAGCUAAGACACCUGGUAAGAGAAUGUCAGAGAAGUUUGUGUCACCAUUGAAGGAGAGUGAGACUCCCAUGAAGACAGGCAAGGUGGUGAGGGCAAAGACACCAGAAGGGGCCAAGACCCCUGAUUUCUCUGGUAUCUCUCGUCUGUUAAAAACCCCCAAGAUCAAGCCUUCCCCCAAGACUCCCAAACUGGGUGGCAUCAAGCAGCUUAUGUCAUCUCCCAAGAAGGUUGAUCCCUACGAGGACUUUGAAGGAGUUCCUGAUUUGUUUGUUACUCCUAAGCAAAAACCUUCAUCCCCUGUCCAAGCUAGCACUAAGAAGGCAACCAAGCGCAAGGCCUCUCCAUCCCCAGCUCCGGCAGUGAAACGCAGUAAAGCAAGUACUCCUGCUCCUAAGAGAGAAAUAAUAGAGCCCAGUCCUGAGAAGCCGACAAGAGCGAGGAGGGGAGCUGUAACUAAGCAAACCCCGGCCAAGAAAACCAAGACCCCCAGAAAGAAGGCCCAGGCUGCCAAGCAAGUCACUGAACCAUCACCUACUCCAGUCAAACAGUCCCGUGGCAAAAGAUCAGCCGUAGAACCAAUUGAAGAGCCACCCACCAAGAAGAAAGCUGUGAGUUCAGCACAGGUGGACACUCCACAAAAGGCAGUAACACCAGCAAAGCGUGGUCGUAAAGGAGCUGCAGACAAGAAAGCUGAAACUCCUCCAGUCAAGGUAAAGACCCCAAAGAAACAGACAAGAGGAAGAAAAGCGGUUACUGCUCCAGUCACUCCAGUGGUCUCUGUGGAACCUUCCCCUAAGAAGACCCGUGGACGAGCUAAGAAACAGGCGAUUGCUCCAACACCCAAAAAGACAGUCAAAAUAGUGUCCCCAGUUAAGGCAGAGACUCCAGCUCCUGUUAAAAGAGGCAGAAAAGCAGCUGCUAAAACCAAGCAGGUGAAGACUCCUAAGAAAGCUGCACCUGCCAAGAAAGCGGGUACCCCAAAAGUUGACAAGGUUGUGCCCAGUCCCAAGAAGACUCGAUCAGUUCGCGGAAGAAGACAAGUCGGCUCUCCUGUGCUAUCCAAAGUAGCUCCAGAGAAAACCGCAGUUAAAUCCUCAGCUUUGAAGGAAACUCCUGCUAAGAUGCCAGCUAAAUCCAAGGCAGUCCCCAAGAAGACUGCAGCCAAGAAGGAAGUGGCGGCAGUGGAGCUCCCAGCCAUUUCUCCUAAAACAACCAGAUCAGGACGAAGCAGGAAGCAAGCAUCUCCAGCAAAGCCAGCCAAAACACCUGCUAAGACACCGGCUAAGAAGUCAACACGUGGGAAGGCAGCCAAAACACCGGCUAAGAAGACAACACGUGGGAAGGCAGCCAAGGAGGUAAUGGAGGUAGUAAUAAUCACUGAGCCAAGCCCUAAGAAGACUCGAAGGGGGGCCAUCAAGAAGGCUGCUACCACUCCAAAGCCAAGCAAGGCAAAGGCUGUCAAAAACAUUGUAGAGACCAUUGUCAUUGAUACACCCACUCCUAAAAAACAGCGGGUUACUAGAGGAAGAACAGCAUCCAAAGCUAAGACUCCCAAGUCAGCCUCGAAAGCUCUGAAGACUACAAAGAAAGUGGCCAAGGCAUCUCCAGCCAUCACCAAGAAGGCUUCACCUGCUGUUACAAGGAGAACCACUAGAGCAAGGAAGAAUUAAAUACAUGUAUGUCAAACGGUAUUUUUAAAAUCAAAUUUUAUCUAAGACUCAUAGAAAAGAAAAUAACCUU